AUAUAAAUACUUAUUUUACUCAACAUGUAUGACCAAAAUUAAUUGUUUCGAAUAUUAACGUCUACAGAGUAUAGAUGUUUAGAUGCAGAUGGAAAAUGUUUUCCACCGUCUAAUCCAAUGUAUGAAGGAAUUAGCAAAAAAAUGACUGAAUUAGGUUCGUAUAUAAGCCCAAAGCAUAUAUAUACUAUUUUAAACAGCGAUAGACGAGGUAUAUAUAUUGCCGUAUUACAAUCAUUUGGCAUUAAAAAAAUAAUAUUGAAAAUGAGUCACGAAAUGAGACAGGUGAUAUGAGCAUCCUUCAGCAUUCAUCAGAAGACAAUAAAGUUUUCCGAUUAAUAAUUUCGGAAGAAAAUUGGAAUAAAGUAAAACCUAUAUCAAAGAACUACGGUAAUCGCCGAUACUUAAAGUUAAAACCGAGAGAAUGGUCUAACAUCUUUGCUACAAAAAUAUGGGAACAAACAAAAAUUCCUUGCCCAUUUACAUUCAAAAACGCAACAGUAUUUCCAAGUCAUAAUGCUAAAUGUUUUGCAAAAUUUAAUGCUAUAUGUAAAGAAUGCAAAGGAAUUUUGCGAGGCACGAUGUUGAGAAAGUCCAAACAGGACGCAAUAUUUGAUUGCACUUUGUUCGGUUUUAAUAAUGAAAUAAUACAUACGAAAAAAAGACAGUUAAGAGGUUUUCUAUGUCAAAAAAUUGCUGGACAUUUAGUGGACACGAAGAAAGCAGCAACAAUCUGGCGUACAGAAGAAGCGAAUAGAAUUAUGGAGUUUGGUGAUAAAAGUCCACCAAUUUUAUAUUCGCAACGUGUUCUGCGUAAAGCCAAGCAGAAUGAAAUAGACAAUCGUCUGGACAUUGACGAUUAUGAUGCUAUACGAAAUAUUCAAGUAUUGAAAUAUACCACAAAGCAAGGUAUGAUACAUGGGAUAGGUCUAGAUCUUUUUUAUAUAAUGUAUUGGUCUAAAGAACAAUUGACUAUGUACAAGACAAUAAAUCGCAGUAAGGAUUCAUAUUUUACCAUGGAUGCUACUGGUAGCCUAGUAACAAAACUUACCUGGAUACGAUGGAUCUAA